UGGCCCCGGGCCGAAGGGAGCCGCCUCUCCCUGCUGCUGCUGCUGCUGCUGCUGCUGCUGCAGGCGGGGAAGGGCCGGGCCGCCUCUCGCUGCAGCCCCGCGGGGGCCCCGGGCCGCCCCCGAAGCCCCUCGCCCACCCCGCGCUCCGAGCCGCUUGCCACGGAGGGCGGGUCGGAAUUGGGCGGCCCAGGAACGGCCGGCCGAAGGCGCGAACUCGAGACCAACCGGCUCUCCUCUUCCUCCCUGCGACCCGCCAGAAAACGGGGGCUGUCCCGGGACCGGGAAGGGCACGGGCCUGGCCGCCCGAUGGAGCGAAGGGCCCGGGGCAGUUCGAAGUUUCAAAAGACACAGAAAUUGCCUAAAGAAUGUGUGGGCAGACAGUUGAUACCUUCUCACCAUAAUGGAAAUUCAGGGCAGAAAGGGAGUUGUGGGAUAUUAUAUCGUGUGACUUACACCUGGAACCGAGGUGGGAGGUUGAAAGAACUUCGUAUAAGACACCUGGCAAGGAAAUUUCUUAAUCUGUGGAAGGAGAAGACAUUUGGAAGAGUUCUGCCAUCCAAGGCCAGGGCCUAUUUUGUUCGGAAGACACUGCAGAAAACCUUCGGAGAGUGGAAGGAGGAAUGGUGGGUUCUUUGCAGAGAAUGGAAGCUUAUCGUCAGAGCCGACUGCCACCACAGGUAUUCUCUCUACAACAAGGCGUUUCAGGCUUGGAGGUCCUACCUGCUCCAGCAACGAGUGAAGGAGAUUGCCUACCGUAUUGCAGUGGCCCACGCAACUAAGCGGCAAAUCCUUGGGACUUGGCGGUGUUGGCUGAGCUACGUCGAGCUACGCAGGGUGAAGCACCAGAUGCACCGGGAGGCGCUGCAGUUCCGGCAGCAGAGCGCCCUGCGGCUCUCGUGGAGGUUAUGGCGGGAACGAUGGUGCCAGAGUCAGGUUUACCGUGGGAUGGAUAGCCAGGCCCUCCGGCAGUGGGCACUCAGCGUGCAACUUCGGGUCUGGCUGCCGUGGAAGGCGCGCUAUGCCCAGCUCCAGCAGGAGAAGGCGGCGGCCAGCUGGGCAGCGAGGUGCCUGCAGCACUGGAAGAUGCGGCAAGGCCUGGAGUCCUGGCUCCGUUACGUGAACCGGCGGAGAGAGAAGAACCGCAACAGCAGGCUGGCUUUGCAGCACCACCAUGCCCGGCUGCUCCUGGGGCACUUCUCAGCCUGGCGGCUGGCAUGGAAACACAAGAAGCAGUUGGAGCACCUUGCCCAGCUCACAGCUGGCAUAGCUUUGCGAAGGGCUUUUGCCCGCUGGAAGCUCUAUGUGGCAUUGUGUGCAGAAGCAGCAGAGCAUUACGGGCUGGCCGAGAGCCACGAUAACCGCCGCCUGCUGAGCUGUGGAUUUCGUGCCUUGCAGAGGAACGUCAGGGAAGCUUCCCUCAAGCAAGUGAGAAGGAAUUUGGCUGGUCAGCAGCGCCGAGUCACGCUCCUGUGCAGGUUCUGGGCUUGCUGGACGUCUCGCCUGGAGCAGAAGGAGGAAGAGCAGCACCGCUCCCUGGCCCUGGCAGCGGCUUCUCACCACAGCCAGGGGAUGCUGCGGAAGUGUCUGUGGACCUGGAGACAGCGAGCCUGCGGGGAAAGACACCGGAAGUUCCAGUAUGCCAAAGCCAACCAGCAUCACGAGACCAUGGUCUUGUCUGCCACCUUUCAGGCCUGGAAGCUGUUUGGAGAUCAUCAGCGCUGGUGGAGCGGGAUGAAGGGGGUGGCCGCAGGCUAUCACAGGGAGAUGUGGACCAGGCGAUUCUUUGAGAGGUGGCUUUUGAGACAGCGCGAGCAGCACGAGGGACGGGCAGCCGAGGAGACGGCCACGUUGCAUGCGGAAUGGCGGCUUUUGUCUCGGUCCUGGGGCUGGUGGCGCAGGGCAACCCUGGCCUGCCUGGAAGAGCAAGAGUGUGUCUCCCUGGCCAAGGCGCAUCACAGGCAUUGGGUCCUGCAGGCUGCUUUCCACCUCUGGAGGGAGAACGUCUGGGAGAUUAAGAGAGGGCGGGUGAAGGAGGCAGAAGCAUUGCAGUUCCAUUUUGGGAAGCUCCUGCAGCGUUCGUGGCAGAGAUGGCGACAGUACCUGAUGCAGAAGUCUGAGAAGUGGAAGAAGGUGGCGAGAGCUGAGGGGCACUACCAGCAGGCCUUGCUGGGCAGGGUCAUGGCAGCUUGGAAGGCAUAUCAGAAUAACGUUCGGCACAUCCUUCGCCAGGUGGCUAAGAAGGAGAGAGGCCACAGCCGGGAGUUGCUGCGGCAGGCGCUGCGUUCCUGGAAGGAAAACGCUGCUGGUCUCAGGCGGGAGGCAGAGGGCGCUGCUCUGGGUGGGCAUCAUUACAGAAGAGUCGUGCUCGCCAAGGUGCUGCUCCAGUGGAGGGAGGCGGCUGCGGUGCGUGCUGAUACCCGAGAACGGACGGCAGUGGCCGUGGAGGAUGCUAGGAGGCACUUGCAGUCAGCGAGGCUGCGGGGGCUGUUUCUUCACUGGAAGGAGGCCGCUGCCAGCUCUUCCCAGCUGACGGGGCGGCUAGUCGUGGCAGACCAGCACCACACGAGGCAGCUGCUCGGCAGAUGCCUGGAGAGGUGGAAGCGGUUUCAUCGCUGCUCCGUCCGGGUCCUGCUCCUGCAGAGGCAAGGGGCGCAGCUGCUGGCUCGGAGACUCUCUUCCUCCGCCUUUUCCUCCUGGAAGGUGCAGCUGGCGAACAGGCAGCAGGAGCGGCGACAGACUGUGCGGGCCCUGUGGCACUGGUCCCGGGCGCUCCAGCGGAAGGUGCUGAGCGCCUGGGGAGGCUUCACACAAGAGCGGCUGCGGAAGAAGAGCCGAAUCACACGAGCAGCUGAGAGCUACUGGGCAGAGCUGCUGCAGGAGGGGGUCAGCCGCAUCCUGAGAUAUGUGGCCGCCAUGAAGCAGCACCGAGCGCAGCUACAUGCCCAGCAUCAGCUGAAGGCUGCCUGUCGGUGUCAUCACCUGGUCUACCGUUGUGCUAUGAUGUGGAAGCAGAAGGCUCUUUGCCGAAAGUCCGGCCCUGCGCUUUCGGGCGCUCCUGGCAAGAAGCAUGUGACUUUUGAGGUGCCCAGGCCAGGCCUCAUCUCUCCUGAAGUUCCCAGAGGGAAGGUCAGCCUUUCCGGUGUGCCAAGCAACUGCCAGGCUGCUGGAGACUCCGUCCUGACAGACCUGCACGUGGCUCGCCAGGUGAGGCUGCAGCCUCGUAGACCUGAUUUUCCACCACCGUUUCCUGAGAAAAGGGGGCUGCCUCAGACAGAGACGCGCCUGGGAAGCUCAGCUGUUUCUUCGCAGCCAAUGACAGCAGGCCCCCUCUUGUCUGCCCCCCCCAGCAGCAGCAGCCCCUCGCCAUCUGUUUUCAGUGGCUGCAGUUAUUCAUCAUGUUCCUUUCCCAAAUUUGGGCCACUGCCCCGUGGGAGUCCUUGGCUGCAUGAGCCCAGCGGUGCUUUCCCAGAGCUGCAGCCCCCCUCCUCCUUCACGCUGGGGACGAAGAGGGCGAGCCUUGUCAAGACGCAGCAUUCCCCCAGCCCUCCUGCUGCAACUCCUGGCAAGGAGAGGACAGCCACCGUCUCAAGGGGACCUUUGCUUAUACCCGAAGAUUUUACUAAAAGGAGGAGUCCUGUUUGUGGAAAAGCAGGUAAUGCUGAAAUUCCAUGCCUUUCUCAAUCUGAGACACUUUCAGGAACCAAACAAAGGGAGACUGAAAUUCAACAACUGGAGGAUGAGCUCCAACUUAUUGGGCAAAAAAUGCAGCAUUACUACAACCGGCAGCAGGAACUGAAGUCAUGCCAGCGGCAAGAACGCCUCCUGUGCAAGUGGCUGGAAUUAAGAGGAGUCGAGGAACCUACAGAUGCGCAAGAAAUCCGCGAGAAGCUGAGCCAGCUGAAGAUGCAGAUGGUCACACUUGCAAGCACACUGGUAGGAGAGAGGCAGCUGAUGCAGAAGUACGUGAACCGUGUCCAGGAUAUCCAAGCUGCUCUGAAGAGUUAAGGACCUCCACCUCCUACUUGCGUGAUCACGCAGUAGAGGACAUUCUUUCUGUCCCUGGCUCCUGCACGGCCAGAGAAGCCACACCAGGGCUUAAACCAGCCGUGCACACCCCUUGGGGACCAUCAAACUGAACCACCCCAGGAAAGAGGGGACUUGCUUUUUAGAACACAUCUAGGGCACUGGACUGCAAGACAAAUGCAUUUGUUUACAUAAAGGCUUUAAAAGUCAAA